CGCUGCUAACACAUUUCAUGAAUAUUAUUUAAAAUAAAAAAAUGAGUAUCUCAAUUUUUUUCCGAUGGUUUCCCUUCCAAAUGCAUUGUAUAAAAUAAAAAAUAAAAAUGCAAAAAAGAAUAAUUAAAAAUUUAGAAAAUUUGUUGUAUUCUUUUUGUUAAUCAUAUGUUUUUUUACGUCGCCUCGUGCCGAGGACCAGCAUUUGCCCAACCCAAAAUAUUCCUUCAUCUAUCUAUAUAUUAAAAUCUCCGUUUCACUCUCUGGCUCACUGUCUCUGCGUAGUAACGAAGCCGAAUACGAAAGAAUGAAAAACAAGGAGGAAUUCUUCAAGGAACAUCCAUAUUUGCAGGAAAAGGAGGUCUCUCGCUCUGUCUUUCCUCCUACUUUUCUCUUUGGAGUUGCUACUUCUGCCUAUCAGAUUGAAGGUGGCUGCAAGGAAGGUGGUAGGGGUCCUAGUAUAUGGGAUGCUUUUUCACACAUCAAAGGGAACAUUCUUGAUGGAAGCAAUGGUGAUGUGGCAGUGGAUCAUUAUCAUCGAUACAAGGAAGAUAUUGAACUCAUUGCUAAGUUGGGGUUUCAUGCUUAUCGAUUUUCCCUAUCAUGGUCUCGCAUCUUCCCUGAUGGUUUGGGAAGCAAACUCAAUGAAGAAGGGAUUUCUUUCUAUAACAAUAUCAUUAAUGCUCUGCUUGAAAAUGGUAUUGAGCCUUACAUAACUCUGUACCAUUGGGAUCUUCCCUUGCAUCUUCAAGAGUCGAUGGGAGGGUGGUUAAAUAAAGAAAUUGUAAAAUACUUUGCAAUCUAUGCAGACACUUGCUUUGCAAGUUUUGGAGAUAGAGUUAAGAACUGGAUUACAAUAAAUGAGCCCCUCCAAACAGCAGUUAAUGGAUUUGAUACUGGAAUAUUUGCUCCUGGAAGACAUGAACAGUCAGAUAGAGAACCGUAUUUGGUUUCACACCACCAGAUCUUGGCCCAUGCAACCGCUGUUUCCAUAUACCACAGCAAGUACAAAGACCAUCAAGGAGGACAAAUAGGUUUGGUAGUGGACUGUGAAUGGGCAGAAGCAAAUACAGAUAAAAUUGAAGAUAAAGCUGCUGCUGCGAAGCGUCUUGAAUUUCAGCUUGGAUGGUACUUGGAUCCUUUAUAUUUUGGAGAUUAUCCUGAAGUCAUGCGUAAAGCACUUGGAGAUCGGCUCCCAAAAUUCUCGGAGGAGGAUAAGGAGUUGCUUAGGAACUCAAUUGACUUUGUAGGUCUAAAUCACUAUUCUUCAAGGUUCAUUAUUCAUGUUACAGAUAGUCCUGAAGAAUGCUAUUACUAUAAGGCCCAAGAAAUCGGGAGAGUUGUUGAAUGGGAAGGAGGUGAACCAAUUGGUGAGAAGGCUGCAUCAGAGUGGCUCUAUGUUUGUCCUUGGGGACUUCGGAAGGUUCUCAAUUACAUAGCUCAAAGAUACAAUAGUCCCAAAAUUUAUAUUACUGAGAAUGGUAUGGAUGAUGAAGACUCGGAUGCGCCGCUUCACGAAGUGCUGGAUGAUAAACUGAGAGUUCGCUAUUUUAAAGGAUACCUUGCUGCAGUGGCUCAGGCAAUCAAGGAUGGAGUAGAUGUGAGGGGAUAUUUUGCAUGGUCGUUGUUGGACAAUUUCGAGUGGGGUCAAGGUUAUACUAAGCGUUUUGGUUUGGUUUAUGUGGAUUACAAAGGUGGACUUGCUCGGCAUCCAAAAUCUUCAGCUUACUGGUUCAUGCGGUUCUUGAAAGGUGGUGAAGGGAAAAAUGGGAAAGAAGAGUGACCAACUUGAAUUGUAUGUUUUAAGGAUAUUUUAGUUAUCCUGUUAAAUUGCUACAGAGGAUUGUGUACUUUUUAUUUCUGCUGUGUAUGUUCCUUUUUAUGCUAUACUAAUAAUAAAAUAAGCCCCAAUUUAUAAGA